AUUGUUGAUAUGAAAGUCUCUCGAAAUUAUUAAAAUAUUUCACGCUAGACAAACUAUUAAUUCUUUGUCAAUUUAAAAGUAGUUCAACAAUGGCUCAUACAAGAACAAAUAAUCUUUUAUUUCUAUGUUUCCAUUCUUUUAUUAGUCUGGCAUGUGAACAAGUUUUUAUCGUUACAACGGAUUCGAUCAAAACUGUUGAUAACAAUAUGAAGAUCCUACUUCUAGCGGUGGUAUGUGUGCUUUUUGUUGCAACAGAAAGUCGGAGACUCAAUCCAUCUCAAUGCGAAUUGGGUAAAAUAAUGAUCGCUAUAUCUGGAAUCUGCCCGCUCAAAGAUUUUUGUACCUGCGUAGAUGUUUGCGAUGGGAGAGAAAUCACUGAUUUAGUCGAAUGCUCUGUUACCCCCGAAUGUUGCUGGACCGGUGACCAAUGUACAAGGAAAGUGGCAUUGAAUCUUUUUGAUCUUAAGAUUACAUUCUUGAAUGUCAAUGAAGAAUAUGACGAUUCGUCUAAAAGAGAUGAAGAUUCAACUGAGUCGUUCCAGAAUCAAGUAUCCCGAGUUAAACGCCAGCUACCAACGCGACCGCCUACAUUUAUGCCACGAAUAACAUUUAUGCCACGAAUAACACCGAAAAGACCUGAUAUAACUAUUGCAGCAAUGGCUCGUGGGAAAUAUUUCAAAGUUGAUGCCGAAUACCGUGACAGGAACGACAAAUAUAAUUGGAUGGUAGGAGGGCAUACAUCAAAUUUCGGGGACCAUGGAGUUCGAGGAGCUAUUGAGAGAAAAGUUGGACCAGGAUAUUUUGGUGUAAAUGCGGGACAUAGUACAUUUGGAGGAUCUCGAGCUGGCCUUAGUUUCAGAAUACCAUUUGGAAGAAAACGUUAAUGACUACAUGCUUCAUAUUUGGAUAUAGCUUUCAUGUUCAUCUCAUUUCUAAUAUUACGUAAACCACAUAUAUUCAAUGAACAUACGUACUGCUUCUAUAUAAACACUAACCAUAUAUAUAUAACCUAAUAAAUAUGUAACUU